AUGUGUGGGAAGAGGUCUAAGUGCUCCUUCUCCCGCCUGGAGGUGAUCCUCAUCGUUUGCCUGGCGUUGAUGAUAGCAUUGACUGUGGUGCUCCUCAUCCUCCACUUUCUCACCAAAGAGAGCAACGACUCCAGCAAAGUAGUAGCAAACUACUUACUGGGCGUAGGUCGAGCUGACUGCACGGGACCUGUGGCAGAAAUUCCUCUGAUGGGAUAUGCGAACCCAGAACAGGUGGGUGGUGGGCUUCUGAUGCGCCUCUACAGCCGAGCCUUCAUCGUGGCAGACCUUGAUGACUCCAGGCGAGUAGUAUUUGUCAGUGCCGACAUAGGAAUGGUAUCUCAGAGACUGAGGCUGGAGGUGCUCGAGAAACUGAAGAGCAAGUAUGGCGAGCUGUACCGACAAGACAACGUCAUCCUCAGUGGCACCCACACACAUUCAGGGCCUGGUGGCUACUUCCAGUACACCCUCUUCUGGAUCACUAGCAAAGGUCUAAUCAGACCAUCACUCAACGCUAUCGUGAAUGGCAUCGUAAAGAGCAUAGAUACAGCGCAUCAGAACAUGAAAAGAGGAAGGCUUUUUAUAAACAGAGGCACUGUAGAAAACAGUCAGAUCAACCGAAGCCCUUUCUCCUAUCUUGAGAAUCCAGCAUCUGAACGAAGCAGGUAUUCAUCCAACACGGAUAAAGAAAUGGUGUUGCUGAAGAUGGUAGAUAGUAAUGGAGAGGAGCUAGGCCUUAUCAGCUGGUUUGCUGUGCACCCGGUUAGCAUGAACAACACAAACCUGCUUGUGAAUAGCGACAACAUGGGCUACGCAUCUUAUUUGUUUGAACAGGAGAAGAACAAGGGGAUGCUUCCAGGACAGGGUUCUUUUGUUGCCGCCUUUGCGUCGUCCAACCUGGGAGAUGUGUCACCCAACACCAAAGGCCCUUUCUGCGUAAACACGGGGGAGUCGUGCGAUAACCCACAGAGCACCUGUCCUGUGGGGGGGGCAAGGAUGUGCAUGGCCAUGGGUCCCGGUAAUGACAUGUUUGACAGUACAAGAAUUAUAGGGCAAAAUAUCUACUUGACAGCAAGGGAGCUGUAUGAAAAAGCUUUCCAGGAGGUCACAGGACCCCUCAGCUCAGCUCACCAGUGGGUGAACAUGAGCGAUGUCUCGGUGGAGCUCAAUACCACGCACACGGUUAAAACGUGUAAACCAGCCUUAGGAUACAGCUUUGCUGCAGGGACUAUUGACGGAGUGGGGGCUUUCAACUUCACACAAGGCUUAGUAGAAGGGGACCCGUUUUGGGAUGAAGUCAGGGACCAGCUGCUGGGAGAGCCAUCCAAUGAAACGAAAGCCUGCCACAAACCCAAGCCAAUCCUCUUUAGCACUGGAGAGAUGACUCGGCCUCACCCAUGGCACCCUGACAUUGUGGAUGUUCAGAUUGCUGCCAUUGGAUCACUGGCAAUUAUUGCUGUUCCUGGAGAGUUCACGACCAUGUCUGGACGCAGGCUACGGGAAGCUGUUAAAAGAGAAUUUGAUUCGGUACAUGGUACAUCAAGAAUGGAUGUUGUAAUUGCAGGUCUGUGCAAUGUCUACACCCAUUACAUUACCACCUAUGAAGAAUACCAGGUUCAACGAUAUGAGGCUGCAUCAACUAUUUAUGGGCCGCACACCCUUUCUGCUUAUAUUCAACUGUACAGAGAACUUGCAAGGGCUAUUGCUACGAAUACAGUUCAGGAUUUGCCACGUGGUCCAGAGCCCCCAGUUUUCAACAUAGGUAACGUGACCUUGGUGCCUACUGUCAAUGCCGAUCGCGCACCAGCAAAUAAGACGUUUGGGGAUGUGUUACAAGAAGUGAAACAACAGUAUCAAGCGAGAGAAGUUGCUGGAGUAACUUUUGUAGGCGCAAACCCCAGGAACUCUGCAGAGAACGUGACUGAACACAACUUCCUGACAGUGGAGAGAUACUCCAGCACUUCAAACAGCUGGCAGGUGGUACAGAAUGAUGCCUCCUGGGACACCAGGUUUUACUGGACCAAAGGAUUGCUUGGUCAGAGCAACGUGACUAUUGAAUGGCACAUCCCUCAUGGCACAGAGCCGGGCAUCUACAGGAUACGAUACUUUGGGCACUACAAGAAAAAACUGUCAAACAAUGACGCUGUGUCUAUUCCAUUUGAAGGCACAUCUUCAGCAUUUGAAAUCACAAGUCUGUAG